CUGGUCGGGUCAGACUCAGAGCAGCAGAUUCCAUUAAGCGGGCAUUCAACACGUCGGUAGACCCAAAGCCCCAGCUCUCACGCUCACUUCCACCAAAAUUUAUAUAGAUGUGUAUGAAUUUUUGAUGUGAUUGGAAAUUUCACGCAAUUCUUACUUGAUUUGUCGUUAGAAAAACGCAAACAAAAAAAACUGUAAAUCAUUUAGCAUGUCCACCGCCGGAGACCGCCGGAGCGCAAGAGAUAUUUUCUGUGACGCCGGCGCAGGUGCCUCUGCAGGUGCUAUCGCUGCUACAUUUGUUUGUCCACUGGAUGUCAUCAAGACCAGACUGCAAGUCCAUGGUCUGCCAGAGGCUGCCCGUUCGGGCCAUAGAGGUAGUGUCAUCAUUACCAGCUUCCAACACAUUGUAAGAACUGAUGGUUUUAGGGGACUUUAUCGUGGACUUUCACCAACAUUGGUGGCUCUCCUUCCAAAUUGGGCAGUUUACUUCACAGUUUAUGGGCACCUUAAGGAAAUAUUGCAUUCUCAUGCAGACAACAGCGGUCAGCUCUCUAUUGGUGCAAAUAUGAUUGCCGCUUCAGGAGCUGGAGCUGCAACAGCCAUUGCAACAAAUCCAUUGUGGGUUGUUAAAACACGACUUCAAACGCAAGGAAUGAGAGAAGGGGUGGUCCCUUAUAAAAGCAUAGUAUCUGCUUUAAGUCGAAUUUUACAUGAAGAGGGAAUCAGAGGAUGGUACAGUGGUAUCCUGCCUUCUUUAGCUGGGAUAAGUCAUGUUGCUAUCCAAUUUCCUGCAUAUGAGAAGAUCAAGUCUUAUUUUGCCAAAAGGAAUCAUAAGAGUAUCAGCGAACUAGGACCUGGUGAAAUUGCAGUUGCUUCUUCGUUGGCCAAAGUAGUUGCCUCUGUAAUGACUUACCCACACGAGGUUGUACGUUCUAGGCUCCAAGAGCAAGGACAAGCGAGAAACUCUACGAGACAGUACGCAGGAGUUAUUGAUUGCAUCAAUCAGGUGUUGAGAAAGGAAGGCCCCACUGGGUUCUACCGUGGCUGUGCAACUAAUCUUCUGAGGACAACCCCAUCUGCUGUUAUUACAUUUACGAGUUACGAAAUGAUACACAGAUUUCUACUACAGGUUGUGUCUCCCAAGGAGGAUCAUUCAAAAGCAAAACCUAAACCGGAUAGUUGCUUCGAGUCUGAGAAGGUAGCCAAAGCAACAGGAGAAGAUAAUGCCAAGAGUGUACAGCAUAUGCAAAGUGCAUCUAAUAAGAGAACUUUUAUUCCUUUAGGAGAAACGGAUAAUCUAACAGCUAAACAUUGAUUUUUAUCUGCUGCAACAAAUGUCCAAUUUUGGGUGUCUGUAUUAUUGCAUAAGGUAUUGGCCUCUUAUAGGUUGAGUUCUGAUUUCCAAUGGCCGACUCCAACAUUUACAAGUCAACUAAUCUUAGUGUUUGUUUCUCAUUUCUUCUUGUAUGUAUGCAUCUGCAGAAUUGCAAUCUUACAUGAACGGCAAUAAAUGUUUGAUCUGCUUGUUUACGACCA